CGAAAGAGAGCGAACCUGAUUGAUAAGGCAACAUCCGAUGACUGUCAUUUUCCGGAAAUCAAUUUUCCAUAGGGCAAGGCAGCGGAAGGGGAUGUUCAGUGAUAUUUAACUCAAUGUACGAGUAGUGGAAAUGAUUGUUAGUUGGGUGAAGGUGAUAGUGGCCAUGACGAUUCCAAGCAACGCAACUGUCUGUUCGCAAGGCAGGUGCGCCUUCCUUCACCUCGACCAGUCAAACAACACCCACGAUCGGAUUCCGCCGUAAAAACAACUCUACAUCAUCUUUGUCGCACAUUUUAUCUCUACAGACACUCGACGCCCAAGUCGACAAAUUCAUCACCCAUAGUGCCUACAACUUCGAGCAGUCACCUCGACCAUGCCUCACAAUCCCCGGAAGGUCUGGCGAGACAAAUGGGGUGAGAAGCGACCUCGUACGCCAGGUCCUACAAACCCUCCCGAGAUCAGUAAGGCUUCGACUUCCUCGAAUGUGCCGAACACUGGACUUCAGGUAGCGGGGUUGCCACCUGAUCCAUCUCCCACAAUGCUGCUUCCGGCACCGAAGUCAUGGACGAACAACACACUCAUGACCCACGAAACGCGUGCCGCUGCGUCUGAUUUGUUCGAACGAUACGAGGACGAAGAAAGUCACGAACCCAGCCCACAGUUGCAGCGAAGUCACCAAGGGAAACAACAUACUGAAAAGUGUUUCCAAGCUUCACUUACACGAGCUUCCCUUGUUGGCGAGCCUUCUGUAUUCACCGAAAAUCCAUUCCUCCACGAUGCAAAUUCGGAAGAAUACGACGAUCGGACAACAGUGCGCUCAUCGAGACCAAGAUUGGCGCGAUACAUUUCUGACUACCUCACUUUUGGUGGCCCGGAUUCCCCAGAAUUUUCAGAACCCUGGAGCCAGGAUGUGCCCCUAAGACCAGUAACUCCAGUUGAUAUUACGAUGGUAAUACAAAUGAUACAGAUGCAUAUUCAUCAAUUUCCAUUGCGGCCAUUACCUGUCGAACAUACGAGUGGGCUUCUGCGGAUUUUUGAAGAGUACAGAAAGGCAAAAGAAGAAGCGAACGUAUCAGGAGAGAAGUGGCGAGAUAUACUGGUAGACUUCACUAAUGCUCAGGCUACGUGGGAAGCGACAGAAUCGUCUUAUCAGUCAGAGAUUAUUCGUCUCAGGUCAGUAAUCGGGAAGGGUGCAUCUGGGAUGACCGGGCUGGCAAAAGCACAGCAAGGCAUGGCGAUGGAAAGACAGAAGACCCAAAGAAGACCGUUCUCAAUAGAUCGAGGACGAUCAGCUUACGAUGAUUUUACGCUCGAGCAGCUGGAUAAUGAAAUUCGAUCCAAGAGCCAGCAAGUACAUCCUGCGCGCCCAUCGUCACCAUCAGAGAAGAUGGCUGUGUUGUCCAGGCAUCUUUCGAAGAUAAAUGUGAAGCACGAACUUCUAGUUGGGACUCCGCCGGUACAUACUCCGAAGACCGCUUUAUCUCGCAAAGUGAAAAGCGAAUUGGAUCUGAUAAAUAUGGAACGACAGAAUUCGAGGAAACAAUCUCAUCGCGUUCCGUUGCCGACCACGAUAACACCGUUCGAAUCAUCAUAUAACGGUGACUACGGCUCUAAGGCGACCAUGGACCCGGUGGUUGAGACUGAGGCCUUCGUUGCCUUGCGAGAGCUGGCUACUCUGGUGGCACGACGUAAGGGCAUUGAUCAUAAUCGUUUUACUUCACAGGUUUUGGAGCUUCUGUUCAUCUCUGAUAUGCACAGUCAUGACGAACAGGAUGAAUUCGAACGGAAUGAUGCUACUGAUCCCAGGGUGAGCGGAGAAACAAGCCAGGCCGACUUAAUUCACCAGUCCUAUAGCCAUCGUUCGCUGGAAGAAAAUUCGGAGCAGUCACAAUGCCCCGCCAUGGCCAAGUCCCGAAGGCACUUCUCUUUUGAACCCGGGGACGACUUCCUGAAAUCACUCAACGAAAACUUCCUAGAGCCCAAGUUAAGCCAAGAGCUGGAAAUGUUUAAGAACAACCGGCCAAAAUCCCAAGCAGGUUCGCAAUCAACGCAGUCUUCUGGCACAUGUAGUCCUUCACUGGACCAGAUGCUUGCAAGCGACCUGAAAGAGAGCCAAGUACUUGGUGCUGAUACAAGAAGGUCUUCCAAAAUCCCUAGCCCAGUGCAUAAGCCUUUGAUAGCUGCACAGCGUCGAGAGAGUUCUAGGUCAAACUCGCAUAAGAGCACCAGCCUGAUCGGUACGCGACGCAUUUCAAAUUCAAGCAUCAUCACGACAAUUCGUCAAGAAUCUAACGAGGCACUACUCCCACGCAUGAGUAGAGGCAAUUCUGGUAUCAGACUGCUCGACACGGAACAGCAACAGCUCGUCGAAAGACAUGAGUCUUCUAGGUCAUCGAAGAGUGGAAAGCAGAGAUCAUCUGGUGGCCCUGCGCUGACAGCAGCUCAAAGAGCAGGUAGAAUAGUCCAAAUGGAACCUGCCCAGGAUGUGCACAGUAUACCAGGGGAAGAGAAUGUGAAGUUUGCAAAAGAAAGGUCUCGGAUCAGAAAGUGUUAGCCAAAGGCCAAUUAACCUGAAUGGCCAUGCGAAAUCUCAUCAUU